AUUAUCUCCCGGAUUUAAGCUAAGUUUAAUGCUUUACUAUUGUUAUGUUUUUAAGAAAACAAUGAAAACAAUGUGGCUAGAUUUUGAAAUACCUAAAAGCAAUACAUGUUUAAGCAUAUUCUGGUUUGUGCAGUUUUGUUAAAUAAGAGUGUGAUUAAAAGAUAAAUAUUUUCUUAAGUUGGCUAUUAUUUUGAGUUAUAAUUUCUUAUGUUAAAAGGAAUGUUUCGUUCAAAGUGAAAACCUCAUAAAUUCAAUUCAGCGUUUCAAAUGUUAAUAAAGUUUCUUUGCUAUGAGUGAAAAGACGCAGUUAAAAAACACAAUCAGUGAAUCGGAACGAAACAAUGACAUAGAAAGAAAGGCCCGUAACAGAAUGGUAUCUGAGGGCUACAAAUACUCAGUGCUGAAAGAUAAAGAAAAUGGUGUUCUAAUAGAUCCACUCGAGGAAAGAUGUGAGGAAGCUGAGAGGAAAAGAUGGCAAAAGAUUAAGGCCCUUCUGGCGUUGGCUGUUAUCCUGAUUGCAGGUCUUGUGAUAGUCGUCUUGGUGCAGCAUUUCAGAGGGGGAUGUCCAAAUUGUGGACAGUGCACUACCCAAGAGUGUGUGAUGGGCGCAGCAUAUAUACUGAACAAGAUGGAUGCAUCAGUCGAUCCGUGCACAGAUUUCUACUUGUUCUCCUGUGGCAAUUGGAUAAAGAAAACUCCAUUUCCACCGUCCAAGACAAAGUACGGAUCAUUUGGGAUUAUCGCAGAUGAAAUCUUGGAUAUCAUGCACAAGAUAAUGAAUAGCGGUGAAGUCCUCUACAAGGGGGAGAAUUCUAGCGCCAUUCAUAAGACGUUCCAGUACUAUGCCAUGUGCAUGAAUGAAGUACAGAUACAGAAGGACGGAGUGAUACCUGCUCUCAAGCUGAUUAAGUCCCUUGGCAGCUGGACGCUGACCUCUGACCCCAAUUCCGGUCAGUUUGACCCCAGCGUGUGGACGGUUCAGAAUGCGCUGACACAGGCUCACAAACAACAGUUCUCUGCCUUGUUUGACAUGUCAGUUGGCACAGAUGAAAAGAAUAACAGCAAGUACAUUAUCAAGUUUGAGCAGGCCGGCCUUACCCUGAAUGAUCGGAAGGAGUACUUCAGUGAUCACUCCAACUACAAGGCACUGAAGGAGGCAUUCCUGGAGUUUGCUAAGGAAAUUGUUCGGUUGUUGGGUGGGGAAGAGGCGGGACGAAAGGACAAAGUUGCGUCCCUUUACGACUUUGAGCAGAAACUUGCCAAUAUUCACAUGUCAAAGGAAUCUCUCAUAGAUCCAGUGAAGAACUACCACAACAUGACUCUCCAAGAGUUUCAAUCAACCUUCCUUGGAGACUGGCUGGAUCUAAAAGCGUAUGUCACCGCCUUGUUCUCCGAUGUUUCCAUGACAGUUCCCAUGGAUACUGUUGUCAUUGUGUACACACCGGACUACUUCAAGAAACUGCAACAGGUCAUCAAAGACACCAAUAAGGAAACCCUAGCAAACUAUGUCGUCUGGCAAAGUGUACAGCAGAUGAUCGGAUAUCUGGGCAAGGAGUUUGAGACAGCGGCUCUGAUUUUGGACAAAGUCGAGACGGGAGUGAAAGAGUAUCCAACUCGCUGGAAGCGCUGCCUCACUAAGGAUACAGCGACCCUCGGCUUUGCAUUGGGUGCCAUGUACAUUCAGGAUAAUUUUGCAAACAGCAGUAAAAAAGAGGUUAAAGAACUGUUGGAGGAGAUUCGUGCAGCGUUCAUUUCCAAUCUGGACGACAUAUCCUGGAUGGAUGCCUCCACCCGGGACUACGCCAAGGUGAAGGCGGCUGCUGUGACCAAGAUGCUUGGCUACCCUGAUUACAUUGCAGACAGGAAAAAGCUGGAUCAACACUAUGAAAAUUUGACUCUUGUUCCUGGGAAGUUCUUUGAGACGCGAUUAUCAGUGCUAGUGUACGGCAGGCAGAAGAAUCUACGACAUCUUGGCACCCAGCCGGACAGAGCAGAGUGGCUGAUGGUCCCAGAAGAAGUGAAUGGUUACUACAGUCCUGAUUUCAACCAUAUUGUCUUCCCUGCAGGAAUUCUCAGGCCUCCGCUUUAUAACCCAACCUCGCCCAAAUCAUUUAAUUUUGGGUCGUUUGGGACGAUCUGUGGACAUGAGCUAACACAUGGAUUUGAUAACAAAGGUCGUAAUUUUGACAAGUCAGGCAACAUGGCCUCAUGGUGGACUGAAUCUUCCACGGCACAGUUCACAAACUACAAGCAGUGUUUUAUAGACUACUAUUCAAACUUCACGGUUGACGGAACACAUUUGAAUGGAGAGACCACCCAGGGAGAGAACAUAGCAGACAAUGGUGGUAUGAAGAUGGCUUACCUUGCCUGGAAGAAGUGGGAGAGCAAGAACCACGGGAGGGACUCCUUCACUCUGCCUGGGGUGGCAUAUACCCCAGACCAGCUGUUCUUCAUAGGCAUGGCGCAGUUGUGGUGUUCUCACUAUACUCCUGAGUAUAUGCAGCAGUCCAUUCUGAGAGAUGUGCACUCCAUAGCAAAGUUCAGAGUACUUGGCACCAUGCCAAACUCAAAGUACUUUGCCAAGGCAUUUCAAUGUCCAAAAGGAUCUCUGAUGAACCCUGAGAAGAAGUGUGAAGUUUGGUGAGAAGUCUGAAGUCUUACUUUCUGUGAUACUUCGCCACCCUCGUCUUAAAGUGAAAAGCAUCUGUAGCAAUACUCUGUGUGUUUAUUUGGCCUUGAGCCAGUUUUCACAAAGCUUUUAAGAGCAUUCUUAUCUUAAGAUGUGUGGGCAAUGUAAAGGAUAAAUUGCAAUCGUAUAGCGAAUGAUUUUUCUCUUUAAAAAAACAACAGUUUUAUGCCAAAUAAGUAAGCAAUUUUUAUUUUUUCUGUAAUAUUGUCCAUCACCUUUUUAGCUCACCUGAGCACAACGUUUUGUGAUCGCCUUUUGUCCGUCGUCCAUCGUGCGUUGUCCGUUGUGCGACGUCAACAUCUGCCUUGUUCACUCUCUAGAGGCCACAUUUAUUGUCCAAUCUUCAUGAAAUUUGGUCAGAAGAUUGGUUUCAAUGAUAUCUUGGAUGAGUUUGAAAAUCUUGUUUACACUCUAGAGGCCACAUUUCUUUCUGAUCUUCAUGAAACUUGGUCAGAAGAUUCAUCCCAAUAAUAUCUUGGACGAGUUCGAAAAUGAUGCCGGUUGGUUGAAAAACAUAGCCCCCAGGGGACGGGGCAUUUUUCCUUAUAUGGCUAUAGUAAAACCUUGUUAACACUCUAGAGGCCACAUUUAUUUUUCGAUCUUCAUGAAACUUGCUUAGAAGAUUUGUCCCACUGAUAUCUUUGAUGAGUUCAAAAAUGGUAACCUUUGCUUGAAAAACAUGGCUGCCAAGGGGCGGGGCAUUUUUCCUUAUAUAUGGCUAUAUUAAAAUCUUGUUAACACUCUAAAGGCCGCAUUUAUUGUCCAAUCUUGAUGAAAUUUGGUCAGAAGAUUUUUCUUAAUAAAAUCUUGGAUGAGUUCGAAAAUGGUUACGUUUGCUUGAAUAACAUGGCCGCCAAGGAGCGGGGCAUUUUUCCUUAUAUGGCUAUAUAAGGUUAUAGUAAAAUCUUGUUAACACUCUAGAGGCCACAUUUACUGUCCGAUCUUCAUGAAACUCAGUCAGAAGAUUCAUCCCAAUAAUAUCUUGAACGAGGUCAAAAAUGAUGCCGGUUGGUUGAAAAACAUGGCCACCACAGGGGCGGGCUAUUUUCCUUAUAUGGCUUUAGUAAAACCUUGUUAACACUCUAGAGGUCACAUUUAUUUUCAGAUCAUCAUGAAACUUGGUCAGAAGAUUUGUCCCAAUGAUAUCUUGAAUGAGUUUGCAAAUGGUUUUGGUUGCUUUAAAAACAUGGCCACCAGGGGCGGGGCAUUUUUCCUUAUAUGGCUGUAUAUGGCUAUAGUAAAACCUUGUUAACACUCUAGAGGUCACAUUUAUUGUCCAAUCUUCAUGAAAUUUGGUCAGAAGAUUGGUCUUAAUGAUAUCUUGGAUGAGUUCGAAAAUAAUUAUGUUUGCUUGAAAAAAAUGGCUUCCAAGGGGCGGGGAAUUUUUCAUAUAUGGCUAUAGUAAAAUCUUGUUAACACUCUAGAGGCCACAUUUACUGUCCGAUCUUCAUGAAACUUGGUCAGAAGAUUCAUCUAGAUAAUAUCUUGGAUGAGUUCAAAAAUGAUGCCGGUUGGUUGAAAAACAUGGCUGCCAGGGGGCGGGGCAUUUUUCCUUAUAUGGCUAUAGUAAAACCAUGUUAACACUCUAGAGGCCACAUUUAUUUUCCGAGCUUAGUGAAACUUGGUCAGAAGAUUUGUCCCAAUCAUAUCUUGUUAUCUCAGGUGAGCGACUUUGGGCCUUUCAGGCCCUCUUGUAAUAUGAUUUAUAUCACAUUUUUGUCUUGUUUUAUUGAGAGAGAUGGAUGGAUGAGGAAAAAAAGCAAAAUUGAAACAUAUCUCAGCUGUUUCUGCAAAUGUUUGGUUUAUUGAUCAAAUGCUCUCUGGCUAGUCAAUAUUUUGAUGUUUUUUUGACAGUUUGAUUUUUGUGUUGAAUACUCAUUUUAAACUUUAAAAGUUAUUUCCUGUAAUUAUAGGUGGUGUUUAUCUUUAUUAUGUUUUUCAGUCAAAAUGAAUACUAUCUACGCAAAUGAAACUUUUCCUCACAUCAAAUAUAAAAGGGCUCUAAUGUUAUUUUAACAUUAUAUAAUGAUGUAUGUCUUUAUGAUAUAAAUGUACAUUGCCUUACUAUUGAUUUAUUUAAAAAAAGACAUACCUUUGAAGGACAAAAGGUUUUGAUAAUACAAUAUGACUUUUCAGUUGAUUUUGCCUAAGUAUUGUCCUUCAAGGCCUGUUUUUACAUUUUUCAAAUAUUAUUUUGUUAUACAUUGGCAUUCAUAUUAUAUGAAUUGCUUAUCUGAUAAUACUUUUAAAAUUAUGCAUCGAAUCUAACAAUAUUUAAGUGUUGAGCUGAACCACCUAACCGCAAUAAUUAAUUAAGUUUUCUUAAAAAUACAACGAAUUCGAUAUUGUAUUGACAUUGUCCAUCAAUAAAUUAAAUAGAUCUACUUAUAUGUUAUUGUUUCAUUUGUAUUACAAAUUAUUUAUCAUUGAUUUUGAAUACCAUAUGACUGUUUCUGUUUCAACUGUUCUUGUUGCAUUCAAUUAUUGUACAUGUAAAGUCAUGUUCUUCAUGCAUUUAAAUUGUCUUUUGAGGUUUUAACAUUCUUGUGUAUUGUUUAUUUGAAUGUUUUUAACAUGUUUCAUCUAAAAUUUUGUUACAGUUUUUGUUUUGAAUUUCAGACAUUUAAUGAACUUGUUGAUUCUUCUGCUAAAAAUAAAUGUUAUACAAUAAAAAUAAAUAUGGCUUGAAACUUAA